UCUCUCCGAGACUUCCUUGCGCGAUGUCCUCCUGUAACUCCCUGAGAUAAAAGCGCGAUUUAAGGAAAGAAGUUUUAUUUGGAACGGAUGGUCUGUCAUCGUAACCAACGUAUCGCUAACACAGAAGUUAUCAAUAAUCUUUUUUCAAGAGCAAUGAACAUUUUAUUGUUUGCGUUGAUUGUCGCCUACGCGUCCUCGCAGUCGACUGACAUCAAACUGCAGACAAGCCAGAUGGUUCGCGGCACCCUGAAUGAAAAAGUCACUCUUCCAUGUAGGAUCAUAGAUGGACGGUCUGCUGCUCCACUGAAUAUAAUUUGGACAAAAGAUAGAGGCACGUUGGUGUACACCUAUCAGGCUGGGAAAGGGCAUGUGGGGGCUGGCUUUGAGGGGAGAGUGAAGCUGGAUGAAAGGCAGCUGGACUCUGGAGAUGUGAACUUGGUUUUCUCAAACUCCUCCCUCCAAGAUGAAGGGAGCUACAUUUGCCAGGUGGAGACCACUUCUGCCAGCAUGGAACUCAGGCUGGGCCGGGUGGGAUCCAGCCCCCAGCUGCUGGUGGACAGUUUUGAGUCCAGCUGUUUGCUCUCCAUCUCAUGCCUUUCCAAUGGUUGGUACCCAAAUCCGCUUGUCUCCUGGACCAGCAGUAGUGGGCAGGUGCUGACAGGGACUUCCUUGGACAUGAAGGAAAAGGGACAUUCGACCCUGGUGGACAUCAGAAACAGAGUGACACUGACCGCUCAGGAGGGGCUAAAGGUCACCUGCACUUUGCUCAAUCCUGUCCUCCAGACUCAGACCCAGGAAACGCUUACAAUCACAGGUGUCUUCCCACUGGAUGUAUCUCCAUGGCUCAUUGCUUUUUGGGUAGUUCUUCUGCUGGUUGUUAUGGCAGCUGGAAUUAUUGUCUACUUCUUCAAGUGCAAGAUGGAUUUCAUUAAAGAGAAAGAGAAAAAGGCAAGAGAAGCUGAGCGUGAACCUCUUAUGAAGCAAUCAGAAACAGACAACAAAGGAGAAUACGAAGAGCUGAAGAAAGAACUUUCUAAAGCAAGAGUUGUCAACAAUUCAGAAUGGAAGCGUAUUCUGAGUAAGAAAAAUGAUACAGUCUCAUUGACAGCAGGUAGAGAGGGACUGGAACUCUCAUCAGGAAACCACUAUUGGGAAGUGACCCUGAAGGAUAAAAAUGAGUGGAGGGUGGGAGUGAAAAAGAAGGGGGUCAUCCUUGGCAAGGAUGCUUCCAAUGAGACAGGGGUGUGGGCCCUCUCCUGCCAUUGGGAUACAGGGUACCGUGCCCUGCUCCGCCCACCUUUUCCUAUCACACCCAGCAGCCAGCCUGAGAAACUAGGCAUCCUACUGGACUACACUGAGGGACAGCUCACUCUCUAUGACCUGAGCGGGAGGCCUGUGCACAGACUCUACACUUUUGAUGCUAUGUUUGACUCUCCAGUUGUACCCUUCUAUGAUUAGAAGUAGACACAAAGGAUGAGGGUUGGGGGAAAGAUGGGGGGCAUUAAAUCUACCCAUGCAGCAGCAUGUUCAGUGUUAAAUGAACUCUUAGAGUACAUUUAAGACUUGUCAUUCUUUGUCCUUAUGUUUGAGUAAAGAAUAUAAACAAGUACAUAUUUAUAAAAUAUAUUUUUAAUUUUCACUCAAAUCAUUUUUAGAUCACUCACUUGGAAUACUUGAUUGAGUUCAAAUUUGCAUACAUUCAUAUUUCUAAUUUAUAUCUUUCUCUAAGGAGCAUGUAAAGUAUUUUGAACAAAAAAAAAAAUCUGCUGCUGACCGCUUAUUUUUAGCUAAGUGCCUGGAGACUAGAUAUAGCAAAAAGACCACGAAAAAGGAGGGCUUUUUCCAUGGUUUGACAAUGCCUUCUUUAGUCUUAUAAUAGAGAUUAAAGAAACUCACCAAAGAAAUGGUCUAAACGACCAUCAUGAGCAUCUAAAAGUAUGAAGGAAAAUGAAUGCAAACUGGGAAAACACCUAGUUUACAGGGCUGCAGUUGUCAUGGAAUAUCUCAAAAAUUAAAGCAAGUCAAGUUAUUAUGCUAUUUGAAUUUAAAGACAUUUACUGUGCAACAUUAUGGUCAACUGCACAGUGCUAGCACUGCAUUGUAACGAUAUGAAAGAAACAGGUUUUUAUUUAUGUGUGUAUGUGCAUAUUUUUCUUCUCUUACUUUCACUCUCCCUGAAUGUAAAUAGUUAAGCAGUAGAUUAAAUUAUAAGAAUACGGAGUUAGG